UGUGCUGGUGCUCUGCGGCUCUAUCGCUCCGACAAGCCGGGGAGAGGAGAAGCAGCCGCGGGACCUCAGCGAUGGAGCUCUGAUAAAAGACACGACGGCGAGCUCCCCCCGUCGGAGAAACGAACCCCGAGUCCCCCACAUGACCAAAGAAACCGGAGCGGCCACGAGAAACGCAAGCGUAACAAUCAUGCAGUUCAAAUACCGACGAAUCUGAGCAGCCGCCUCCUCCUCCUCCUUCAAGGUUACGCCGCUCGAAGACGCCCCAGCAUCCCUCGCCUCUCAACCCCCCUUCCCCUCCUUCACACCUUCGCCGGUUACCGACCAUGUCCGUGGAGGAGCGUGGAUACCCCGACGCGAUGCUGCUGCUGGAGGCCCGGCCGGAGUGGAUGCGCGCCGAGAUCGAGCGCCUCGCCCGGGAGCUGAGCGAGACCACGAACGAGAAGAUCCAGGCGGCGGAGUACGGGCUGGCGGUGCUGGAGGAGAAGCAGCAGCUCAAGCAGCAGCACGACGACCUGGAGACGGAGUACGAGGCCGCGAGGCAGGAGCUGGACCAGCUGAAAGAGGCCUUUGGACAAGCAUACUCCAACCACAGGAAGGUGGCAGCAGACGGGGAGAGCCGCGAGGAGUCUCUAAUCCAGGAGUCGGCGUGUAAGGAGGCCUACUACGAGCAGAGGGUCCAGGAGCUGCAGACCGAGCUCCGCCAGGCACGCAACAUCCUCACCAACACCCAGUCUGAGAAUGAACGUCUGGUCACCAUCUCCCAAGAGAUGAGAGAGAACAGCCAGAUGGUGGAGCUGCAGAGGAAUCAGCUGCGGGAUGACAUCAAGGAGUACAAGUUCCGGGAGGCUCGUCUGCUGCAGGACUACACCGAGCUGGAGGAGGAGAACAUCUCGCUGCAGAAGCAGGUCUCCGUGCUCAAACAGAGCCAGGUGGAGUUUGAGGGUUUGAAGCACGAGAUCCGUCGUCUGGAGGAGGACACUCAGUUCCUGAACAGCCAACUGGAGGAUGCCAUCCGCCUGAAAGAGAUUGCUGAGCGUCAGCUAGGGGAGGCCCUGGAGACCAUCAAGACUGAGCGUGAGCUAAAAGCGUCCCUGAGGAAAGAGCUUUCCCACUACAUGAACAUCGGAGACAGUCUGUAUCACAGCCCACUGAGCAUCUCUCUGGAUGGCCUCAAGUUCAGUGACGAUGCCGGCACCGAGCCCAACAACGACGAGGCUCUGCAAGGGUACGAGAACGGCUUCAUCAAACUGGCCAACUCUAUCGCUGAAAACAACCGCGGCUCCACGCCCAGGAUGGACGAGUUGUUCUGUCCUAUUCCCAGCCUCGUGGACGACCUGCUGAGCGAACUCAACAUCUCGGAGAUCCAGAAGCUCAAACAGCAGCUGAUACAGAUGGAGCGUGAGAAGGUCAACCUGCUGUCCAACCUGCAGGAAUCCCAAAAACAGCUAGAGCAGGCUAACGGCGCUCUGUCAGAGCAUCAGGAGAAGGUCAACCGCCUCACAGAGAACCUCAGCGCCAUCCGCAAGCUCCAGGCCAGCAAGGAGCGCCAGUCCGCCUUAGACAACGAGAAAGAACGCGACAGCAACGAAGACGGAGAUUACUACGAGGUGGACAUCAACGGACCUGAGAUCCUGGAGUGCAAGUACAAGGUUGCUGUGUCUGAGGCAGGAGAGCUGAAGGAGGAACUGAAGACUCUGAAGGCAGAAUACCAGGCCUGUCAGUCGCGAUACGAUGAGGAGCGCACCCGUCUGGAGAACGACGUCACAACACUGGGAGCGAAGCUGGGGACUUUGGAGAAGACCAGUCAGGCAGAGAAGGAUGACAAGAACAAGCUAGAGAAGGAGCUUCGCAAGUUGAGCGACGUGGCGGGUGAGUCCCAAGGUAGCCUGAGUGUGGCACAGGAUGAGCUGGUCACCUUCAGUGAAGAACUGGCCACCCUCUACAACCACGUCUGCAUGUGCAACAACGAGACGCCCAACCGUGUCAUGCUCGACUUCUACAAGCAAGGUAAGGGCGGUCGGAGCAGCCCAGAGGGCCGCGGCCGCCGCUCCCCCAUCCUGCUCACCAAGGGCCUCUUCCCCGAGCCUGGUAGGACUGACAUCAGCGACACUUCAUCACUCUCCCCCCUGCCUUCUCCUGUAUCCGACCACCGCCGCGAGCCUAUGAACAUCUACAAUCUGGUGGCCAUCAUCAGGGACCAGAUCAAGCACCUGCAGCUUGCCGUGGACCGAACCACCGAGCUGUCGCGCCAGAAGGUGGCCUCUCUGGAGCUCGGCACUGUGGCCGACAAGGACAAGGAGGCCUGCAUGGAGGAGAUCCUCAAAUUAAAAUCUCUGCUCAGCACCAAGAGGGAGCAGAUUGCCACCCUGAGGACUGUCCUCAAGGCCAAUAAGCAGACAGCAGAAGUGGCCCUGACCAAUCUGAAGAGCAAGUACGAGAACGAGAAGGCCAUGGUGACCGAGACCAUGAUGAAACUGAGGAACGAGCUCAAAGCGCUGAGGGAAGACGCCGCCACCUUCUCCUCUCUCCGAGCUAUGUUCGCCACACGUUGUGACGAGUAUGUGACCCAGCUGGAUGAGAUGCAGAGGCAGCUCGCUGCAGCAGAGGAUGAGAAGAAGACCCUGAACUCCCUGCUGCGGAUGGCGAUCCAGCAGAAACUGGCCCUGACGCAGCGCCUGGAGGACCUGGAGUUUGACCAUGAGGAGACCCGCCGUGGAGGCACCGCCAGCCGCGUUAAGGCCCGCAGCAAGGCCGCCAGUGCUGCCAUCAACCACUCCCACGUAAGUCAGAGUCUCUCCUGCUCUGGCACCGGCCGCCCAGAGCCCAACAACGCCGUGCCCAAUGGCAUUCUGGGAGGCCCUGUGGUCUUCUGCAGCGAGAAGUACAAGAUCUACUGCGACUGAGGCGGACAAGGAUUCCGCAAGGGACUGCUGUGUACAGAGGGGAGGGCGCCUGUCGGCCGAACCCUCCCUGCCUUAGUGUUUAAGAUCCCCACUCGCUCGCUUAGCUCCCUGGCCAGCCUGCGCUCCUCUAGGGACUGCUGUGUGACUAACCGGCUGCUCGUGUGUGCUAGUGUAAACGCUUAGGGGAAUGCAGAUGUAUGUACAGUGGUGCACUAGACAUUUGGACUGUAGUAGACAUAUAUGGCAUGUGGAUUAUAGGGCCCCGGUUAUAUUGGGGGUUUUGUGGAUAUUAUGGAGUGUCUAUUCUUUCCGCUGUCAUGGUGCCGUACGUAUGAUGUAAAAGGCGGCCGCUUCUGUGCUGGGUUGUUCUGCCCCCUGAGUGUAUUGCCUGGUAACAGUAACACAUUGUGGGGGUGGGGACUUGUAAAAGGGGAUGUCAAUUUGAUGCUCUUGCAACUAAAUAUGACAUCCUCUGCUCUACGGCUCGUCCGUUGGCAUCGGUGCUCCUUUCGAAAUAAAAGCCCUCUUCUUUCCUCUGCCUCUCCGUCCUGGUCCCCCAGGACUGACCUGUGUCCAGUUGCCCACUGUCUAAUCAGGUCACUCUUAAAUGUUUACAAGAAGAAAAGAAAUAUGCAAUCUCCCCCUGCUUUCUUGCACGGGGAGCACAAAAUGAUUCUACACAGAGAUUCUAAAACUUGCCAGUGGGUUUUCUGGUGUAAUUGUUUUGGGCCAAUAAGGAGCACCUGUGACCAUGGGUGUUUAUUUCAGGAUGGUUUCGAAGCUGUGAUCGUAGCACACCAAUACAAUAGGGUUGGUAGAAUCGCAUGGCUUUGCAGCUAAAAAACGCUUAUGAACUUUUGAACUGUUUGUAUCUGUGUGUGGUACAAGACAAAUGUACUGCAGGGCUCUACAUUGUAAAAAGAGGAGUUAUUUGGUGUCGGGUGCGAUGCAGGAGGGCUCUCUAUUCCGUGUGACCUACUGCGUUGCGAUGGAUUCCUUCAGAGCCAUAUUAUAAGAGAAGAAGAAGGUUUGACAAAUCGAUCUCCAGACCCAAAUUAAGUGCACUUCAGCAUAGGUGCCUCAGGUUCCUACUACUGUUGAAAUGAUAUGAUUGCUGUGAACAGAGAUACAAUAUAGUUUUGAUCAAAGAUGAUUUUUUAAAUAUGGAGCAAAUCCUAGAAGAGCACAAAUCAAUAAAAGGCACCCACAUCUAUUCUGGAUAAUAAAUGUGCAAAGAAAACCAAGCAACCACACGGCAAAAGUGCCUGUCGACCCAAACACUCGAUAUAUUUAUCUAUCUGCUGAUGUAAAGCCCUGUCCUGUCCUGUGUCUCUACUUGAGCUCACUAUGUCCUCGCUUCUCCGUCUCUCUCCCCCCCCCCCUAUCCUCUCUCUGUUUUUGAAGAGCUCUGUGUGUUGAUGUGGAUGAAAACACUUUUCCCUCACGUCUCUAAUCUGUGUCUUGUCACUCGGUCGCCAUAACGACCCUCUCUCUUGUAGAUUGUCAGCAGCUUGCUCCUGAAGCAUCACCACUCACCCUUUAAAUAGAAUGAGGAACUGUGGGGAAAAUUGCCCGCCGAGUAUUUUUUGUCAGGUAAAGUCCUCACGUACUUUGUGUUCCUGAUUUUGUUCUGUUGCCUGUUUGUAUAUCAGAGUUGAAAUGAAGCGCCCUCAUGUGUGUGUCAUGUUUUCUAAUCUUUGCAAAUGGAGGGUCGCCCAUUUCUUUUGUCUUUAGUUUGGUGAGUGAGGACACAGCGACGUACUGUUUUAGUAUCCACACAAUAGCUUUAACCCCUCGCAAGCUAGCAUUACGCAAAUAGGGAAAAAAAAUACAAGUGGGGCUUGUGUUUAAAUCCAUGUAUUUCUUGUGGAUCAUAGACACCUUAGCUUUAUGAUGCUGAAAGCAGGGUUGAUGCGAGGAAAAUCCUGCAAGAUUGAUCAAAUUAGAAGUUUUCUACUACUACUAAGCUAUAUAUUGUACUCUAUAUUCUUAAUAUGAUCAUGUUCAGGUUAUAAUCUUGCAGGAUCCUACUACAGUAUUCCCUCCUCUCAGAUAUGAAGAGAGGAGAGUUCCUUUAUGCCUCCGAAAAAUGGAACGACGUCCCCAGUCAACCCUGCUUGAGUGUGCAUUCAUAAGCCACAGCACACAGCAUGGACGUUAGAGAUAGAGAAAAAAACUAAUGCAGCCUCCUGAGAGGUCAAUCACUCUUACGUUUGUGAUUCACUUAACUUACAAGUGCGAUAUAUUCAGUUUCUAUCAGUUUGCGCUGACAGAGAAAAGGUUUGGGGAGUAGUCGAGGGAGAACUACUCGUGGUGUAAACCAGCUCCUGGGAGAGAGAGAGCGAGAAGAUAAGAAAAAGCUAGACAUGCUGGGGAGGAGAGCCAGAUGUCCGACUGAGAGCUGACUCUCAUACUGUAGUGAAUGAGUUUCCUAAGGGAGAAACUCACUGUGGAGGAAGAGACUAGUUGAACAAUCAACCAGAGGACAUUGAUUCAAAUUAGUCGAGCCCCUGACCCCUUCUCUCCCCUUGUAUAGGCUCAGUGGGAUCACUGAGCAGUAGAUAGACCCCAGGAUGUGAUUGUUACUAGAACCCCCUUCUCUCAACGAUAAUGAAUCCCCACUUUGCUCCAUCUGGUUUGAAAUCAAUGUCUGGCUCCUACCUCUGUUUGCAGGCUCCGCCCACUUCACCUUUCAGUUUUACUACCCAUGAUGCAUCUAGUUUCUGAUUUCAUGUAAGCCUGCAUGUAUAACAGAAAAAAAACAUAAACCGUUUUUCAUGUACUUGCAUGGCACAAGAGAAAAACCCAUCUCCUCUGACACCGGGUGGCGGGAUGUGCGUUUCAGCUCUGUCCUAUGAAUGAAAAGGUCGUGGUACUCGUGAGUCGUUGGCUUCCUAACCGCACCUGCAGGGUGACUCGUGUUGAAUGUGCUUUCACACCAGCUCCUCAGAAACGUAUAGACGAGGUCGAUUUGACCCGAACGCUCCUGACAUGACAUCACUCGCCUCCGGGGCUCGUGCCUAACGUCGGCUUCUGUUGCUCUGACUAACCACAGCCGCCCUUUUUGCUGUGUGUGUGUGGACUCAUGUUAACAGUUGCUCUAAAUUGAUCAAUAAUUCUAACGCUGAUCAUUUGUCUGUUUCUUCAUUUUUGCAGUAAAUUACAAUAGCUCCGCGCGGACGACGAAGCACCGACACAACGUCCAUUCUCACAGCCGAUACAGUUCGCCGGGAAAGGGUUAGCACUGUAGACGAUUUGGACAUGAAGACAAAAAAAAUAAGAAAAUGUUAAAAUUUGUAAGUCGGAUCAACUGUCCUUCCUCUUGAACACUAAAGUGAUGCAUGCAAUACUUAGUCUCAUCUUUGCGUGCUGCUGCUGGAAGCCAAUUUCCGAACCGGAGGUUGCAAUUGGCUAAUCUAACCCUCCAAUGAGAAGCCAGGGGAGAUGGGUAUUUUCUUUUUUUUAUGUAAAUCACAAUCUUGUGUUUUUUGUUGUUUUAGUUUAUUAUUUUCUUAAUCUGUGCACUUUCAUUAUAUAGGACUAUAACAGACUAUUAUUAACCAAUAGGAAAGCGUGGUAGCACUAUGGUUUGUGAGUAAUUCAGUAUAGAUUACACGACUAUAGGAUUAUACGUCCUGCUGAAAAAUCGGAAUUAAAGAGACUAUUUACUCCGGUAAGGGCUUCGCAAACCAUAGAGCGACUAUUACGGCUUCAUCCUCAAGAUUUUAUCCAUGAAAUUAUCUUUUAUUGUUUUGUUACAUCAUAUGUUAUGCUGUUGGUUUUUCUCUUGUGUUUGUUCUACUGCCAUGUUCUCUACAAAAAAAUCCAGGGUGAUCAAAUUCUGGGGUUUUUUCAUGUAUUUAUUAUUCCUAGGAAUAGUUCGAAAUAACACAAUGAAACUUGACAACGCUCUGACUCAAAUAGGUAAGUUGUGUUUUGGGAAAACUUCAAGCGACGUGAAAAGCUUUUCCUAUCUUCCUACCGAGGGCGUUCCACUGAAGCGGGAUCACUGACUCUCAGAAUUCUUUGCAAGUGCAACAAUUAAAUUCCAAAUUGGAAUUGUUUCAUUCUCUCUUUGUUUAUCGUGCCAAAUCUUGGUGCACCGUUUAGGUUGAAAAGAAUCAAGACAGAAAGAAGACAAGCCGUCAGUUACAAAGGUGUAAUUCGGGCCGCGGCUCUCCGUGUGAGGGCCGGGGUUUUUGAUUUUUGGGUUUCUUCAGUUCUUCGUUUCUGACCAGUAGUGCCUUUCAUUGUUUCAAGGGAGAAUCUUAGACUAGUGUUUUUAUGUUUUCAGUUUUUUUAUAUAGGUGAGGACCUCGGGUUCAAAAUGACUGUGAGCAGCAAUAAGUGCAAAGGGAAUUUCAACCCUUUCCGCAUGAGUGAGGUAAUAGUUUUAAAAUUAGCUCAAUAAAACUGAAAUUGUUUUGAAUUCUGCGGGUCAGUGAUCCAUUCAAUAAAUUCAGGGGUAUUAAAAAAGAAGUUUGUUUUUUUAUCAAACUUCGGGAACCAAACGAAAUCCCUUUGGCCUCCUGUUUUUGAACAAAUGUGUUGGGGUCGAUCGGUGUACUAUUGGAAACAUCUACGUAUCUCUAGCUUUGUUUGGUGAAGGUAAUGUGAUAUCAGUAGUAUUGUUGAAAAAAUGUGCAGAGGGCGCAUUUUAUCCUUCUUUUUCGUCCGAUUUGUUUUGUUUGUUUGUUGGUUUGUUUGUUUUUUUAUUCUUGAAUCUUUUUUUACGUCAUCUUUGAGCAUUGUGUUUUCAGGAAACAGAAAACAAAAUGGGCAUCAACAAGCAGGAAUAGUGCCAUUAUAGCCAAUGCUUGUUUGUUGAGGCGUUAAAGUUACCAAUACGGACGAGAAGCUAAAAACUAAAAGUGCAAUUCAAAUACAGUUUUACAUUUAAAAAAUAAAAAGUUUUCUGUUUGCUGGAAGCGAUAGCAUUGUCAUAAUAAAAUUAGCUGUGCGAACUUGAUAUUGUCAUAUUGUGUUUCAGUAUUGAUCCAUAAUGAGGGUUUGAUAUCUUUAUAUGAAAUAACGACUUCACCUGUAUGUUGGUAUUUAUUUGAAUUGUCAUGCAGUACUGUAUUAUCAAUAAUGUGCAUUAUGAUUACAGCUAAAUGUCAUAUGCAUGUUGCUCAGUCAUGGGACCUUUACACAGAAUUGAAAACAAACAUUUUAAAUCUUUUUUUCAGGGAAAAAAAACGAUGAAGAAGGAAACGAAAAACGAAAAGACGAGAGUAAAGUCUCAUGUAUUAUUGAUGAAUUAAUCCCAUGAAAGUGUUUUGUUUGUUUUCCAGCAGGGAGGAGGUAUGUCUGUGUAAAGGUAGUCAUACUGGCUAAAAAUCAAUAAAUAAAAACAUAAAUCUCAA